UUGUUGUCCAUUAACUGGUAGAUAACUUGGUGCUGAAUGCAAAGGGAGGGACUUCUGGGGAAACAGAAACUUAGCAGUGCACAUAGUAACUCAGCGUUGACUUGCUCCGCACCCUCCCAUCCUUCAUGUGUUGUGUGUAGGACGCAGCAUUUCAAGCCAUAACAGUUCAUGGAGCGAUGAUGCAGCUGCGGGUGCUUCUUUUUCUUCUGCAUAUACACCUUGGUAAUGGUCCCAGGACAGAGGAUGGGGAGGAAGUUAGGAGUUUAAAUGAGACGUGCUGUUCGCUCCCUGCACCUUCAAGCGUCUCCAUCUCUUCUUCCAACAUGCAGCAUGUACUGAGCUUCCUGCCAGGCCCUAGGACACCCAUCAACACCAGCUUCAGUGUGGAAGUGAUCCAUUCCAGGAAGAGCUUGUGGAGACCAGUAGCUGCUUGCUCUCAGCUGAUGGCCGGACAGACAUGUGACCUAACCCGAGUGUUCCAGGACCCGUACGCUUAUUACCAAACCCGUGUCCAAGCUGUCACAUCUAUGCACAGAUCAAUCUGGACCGCCUCGACCUGGUUCCAGCCCCUGUCAGACACCGUGUUGGAACCUCCCAACGUCACCGUGUCGGGCUGUGGGAACUGUUUGAUUGUCCAGCUCACAGUUCCAUCAAGGGAGCUUCAGCAGAACCUGCAACUGAAGGACCUCUACAAGGAAAUCUUCUUCCUCGUGCGAAGGACCAGGGAUGGGGCACAGUUCACACUGAGUCUGCCGUACAAAGAUGAGAACGUCAUCCAGUACCUUCAGCCCGGCGUCGAAUACUGUGUGACUGUCUCUGCGAAAGGACUGUUCACCACGAAGUCGGUGUCCAGUGAAGCUUACUGCGCCUUCACCAGCCCGCCUCCGCCCAGCCACUUCAAUGCACUCAACGUGGCCUUCGGCCUGCUGGCUGUCUUCUGUGUGCUGGGCCUCCCGUUCAUUGGACUCAUGCUUUAUGGUGGUCGACUGAGCUUGGAGCUCAUCACCCAGCGUCUACCUCUACGAAAUGUGUCAAACAUCUGCUGUAAAGAGGGGGACGACUGUGGACUGGUCCUUUCAUAAGAAAAUGAAAACCAGACCGAAUGGAUCAGAGGACGUUGAUCAAUUUGCCUUUUUUUGUAAUGUAUAGUUUCACAAAAUAAACAGAAACUGUAAUACCUGAAUGUUUGAACCAUCAAUGUACUGUAUGAAUAAGUCUAAAUUGUUGUGUCACUGUGUUGCUGCUGUCAAGCAACAUGUUCUUUAGGUUCUGCUGUCUGUUCUGAACAUGAUGCCUUCUCUUCUCAUUGUUGUAACAUGUGAUCUGUGCUCUCUAUAAUUUUAACUUGUAAUUUUCAAUAAAAUUUCGAUCAACCUGCAGUACUGCCUGAUCGACGUUCAGCAGGUUUGUCUCUAUUUAACAGA